AUGGAGCGAAUGGCGCCGUGGAUGCCUAAGCUACGGGAUAGUAUGUUCCUUGGCGCGAAGACGCGAGAGCGUACUCGCGAAUUGGCAUGGGCGAACAUCGAGAGUUGCAUGAGCAGGCUGGGCGUGGGGUCGUUCGACCUGUUUCAGCUACACUCGGUCGGCACAAUGGAGGACCUUGACAAGGUAACGGGCAGCGGCGGCGCGCUGGAGGCGCUGGUGGAACUGCGCGAGCGCGGUCUGACGCGAUGGGUGGGAAUAACUGGGCAUGGGCCGGAUGCUCCGCGCGUACACCUGGAGGCGCUGAGGCGGUUCGACUUUGACACGGUGAUGUUUCCGCUAAAUGCCACACUGUAUCGCAAUGAUGAGUAUCGGGAGCAUGCUGAGGAGCUGCUGUCGGUGGCGAACCAAAGGGACGUGGGCGUUCACACCAUCAAGAUGCUUGCGCGUGGGGGCUGGGGCGACCGCGAGCGGGAGCACACGACAUGGUACGAUCCGCACCGCGAGCAGUCGGAGAUUGACAGAGCGCUCUGGUGGCUGCUGUCACAGCCGAUGCACACCGCACCAAGCGUGGGUGAUGUAGAGUUGCUGCCGCGCGCUCUGGAUGCGGCGCAGCGAUUUAGUCCGCUGAGUAACGAUGAUCAAGAGGCCGUUGUGGUUGGUCAAUGCCCUCCCCUCCCAGAGCCGGGACUGGGGAUAUUGGCUGCGGACUGA